CGGAAGCUUAGCGGGGCUCUGAAGGUGCACGGUCCAAUUCACCUUCAGCUGCAUUUUACGAAGUAGCAACUUUCAAAAAAAGAUCGCCAUUAUCAAAGGGUUUACAAUAAUUCCUCCCGUCUACCCUCAGCGCGCUAAAGUUGCGCUCUACUUUUAGCCAUGAGUAGGGACAAUGUGCCGUCGAUCGGCACCCUCGACAGGCCCGAGGACCUGAAAGACUUACUGAAACAGGAUCGGGGCGAAGAUUGCCUCCCGUGCAGAGUCGUAGGAGGCGGUGCGUUUAUCAGCCUAGCGGCUUAUAGCUACUUUUCCGGCCAGCGAGAACUCGAGAAGAACCGGGCGCAGAUCAUAGCGAGGAAAUCGAUGUUCGGUAUGCGCAGUCGGAGAUUCGGUAUCGCGGCUACGUCGUUGGGGUUGGCCUGGUUGGGGGUCUGGAGGUUGUUUUUAUAGGGGAGGGGAGGGGAGGGGGGCAUGAUGAUGGGUUAGUUAAGAUGUCGUGUAUAGUCCGCGGGACGCAAGAUACCAGGACGAAAACCGAACCACUCCACUCUUAUACAGCACAGCACAGCACAACACGACUUCGCGACGAGAGCCCGGCGCAGCGACCUUGUUGUUUGCGCUAGCCCUACGGCUUACUGGAAAGAUCGCGCUUUGGGGUUGUCAGGUCAAGCAGAUGUAGUGUUACUGGAAGGACGAUGCUAAUGUCAGUCGGUUGCACGAUGCGAGUCUCGACAUGAUCUUGGGCACGAGGGUCAUCAUAGAUAAGAUUCCCCGCUCGCCGUAUUGUGGAAAUAUUCUCGCAGCAUCUCUUUACACCCGCUCUUCGAAAUACCUUUUAUAAGAACAGCCUCGUAUAGGAAGUGAGGCAAGUCGAUACCCGAGGCGU